UGGGGGCGUUAGUGGUUUCUCAUUUUUUAUCUCAAACACUUCCGUCAGUGGUGUCCGCAUUUCCUUCCCGACGAUAACCUUUUCGGGUGAUUGUUCUUCUUAGCUCACGCACGCGUAAUCCUUUCUCUCAUUUUGAUUCUUAACCUGAAGCUAUUCACAACUUAAUGUUUAGUUAGUUAAUGCUCUAACUCUUGGAAUCAGACUUGGCAAUGUUGGGUGGAAAUAAAAGUUGAGAACUCAACACAACAAUUACGAGAACCAAAAUUGAGCUGGGCAGGAAAGGUUCAGGACUCUAACCAGUUUUUACUAUAGGGGAGCACAAGGAAUCAUUCUAGAUUGGAUGACCCCAAAUUGAAAUAGAGUCUGUUAGUCAAGGAUCUCACCAUGCAAACGACAUCGUAUAGUCAUCCUCUAUUCUGUUUCUCUUGCAGAACAAAAUUGUAUUGCAGAAACAUCAGUACAAAUGGGAAGAGUAAGGGUUCUGUGAAAUUCCGUGCACCAUAUCCCUCUCAACUGGGUCGGAAAUGUGGAUUCAAUGGGAGACCUCGUGUUUAUAUUUCUCCCAGCCCCAUAAAACCAAACAGGUUGUAUGUGCUUCAUAACACAGGUGACAACCAUCCAUCUGCUUUUUCAGUAGAUGAUGAAAUGAACACAAACCAUGCUCCAAAUGGCAUGUCACCGACAUUUCUCAGCAACUGGUCACCUCCAAGGUACUUGUGGAGGGGGUUAUCAGUUUUAAUCCUGGCAGGGCAGGUGGUUGUCAAGACUCUAAAGGGAAAGAUUCAUUGGAGGAACACUCUUCAGCAACUGGAGAGAGUUGGUCCUAAAUCAGUUGGAGUGUGUCUUUUAACUUCGGCUUUUGUGGGCAUGGCCUUCACCAUUCAAUUUGUAAGAGAGUUCACCAGGUUGGGAUUAAAUAGAUCAGUAGGUGGGGUUUUAGCUCUGGCUUUCUCAAGGGAGCUAAGUCCUGUGGUCACAGCAAUUGUGGUUGCAGGGCGCAUUGGAAGUGCUUUUGCAGCUGAGUUAGGAACUAUGCAGGUUUCUGAGCAAACUGAUACAUUAAGAGUUCUUGGUUCAGACCCUGUUGAUUAUCUGGUGACGCCAAGAGUGUUAGCCACUUGUAUUGCUUUGCCCCUUUUGACCCUGUUGUGUUUUACAUUAGGGAUGGCAUCUAGUGCCCUUCUUGCUGAUGGUGUUUAUGGGUUGAGCAUCAACAUUAUCAUGGAUUCCGCUCAGCGAGCUCUCAGAUCAUGGGAUAUUAUUAGUGCAAUGAUCAAGUCACAGGUUUUUGGUGCUAUCAUAUCUAUUGUGAGUUGUGCGUGGGGAGUUACAACUUUAGGAGGUGCUAAAGGUGUUGGGGAAUCAACAACCUCAGCUGUUGUUAUUUCUCUUGUGGGCAUCUUCAUUGCUGAUUUUGCUCUUUCUUAUGUUUUCUUCCAAGGGGCAGGAGAUCAGCUAAAGAAUUGUGUUUAAGCAACUAAUGUUGUCUCAGGUGCAAUUUUGCUCAUACAUACAAAGUAAAUGGUAUGACUUUUCUAUAAGAGCUGUGAUAAAAUCUUUAGAAUUUGGAUCAGGUGCAUUAGUCUUGUUCUUUUCUAAGUUAUGGAUUGCUAGUCUUAUUUGUACAUAUUUUUGUAUGAUUGGGUGUCCUUCAAACAUGGUAAGGGCGUUUAUUUUUCUUCAAAUGUGCAUUAUUCUCUAAUAAUUCUUGUAAGCUACAAUGAACUGAUAUUUUGUUUUGUUAAAGAGGCUAUAAUGUUAUUAUCCAGCUGAUGGUCAAUUUGUAACGA